GUUUGACAAGUGGUCUCUAUCUCUCUGUAUUAUCCCCUGAAUUUGAAGUUGAUUAAUAAUUAGACGUAAAACGUAUGGUAGUAGCCUACAUCAUUAUCUGCUACGUACUUUUAGUAAGUGUAAGCAAGAAUUGAUGCCUUAUCCAUUGUGUAAAAAAUGUGAAAUGUCGUUGAUGAAGUAAGUUUGCUCAUCUGAAUUGUUAAGACUAAACGAGGCAGAUCGUUAGGCUGCUGCUUCUAACUCACACUAUCUACCUUGUUUCUGUUGGAGUGUUAGUGACCUAAUAAUCUUAAUUGUGGCAGGUGAAGUCUAUCUGGAUCUAUUUCUAAAACAAUCUUUUGCUAUUACUACUAUGUUCUGAUGGGCUGCUUUCACUCAAAAACAACACUCCAUUACACACCCGGAUAUGAGGAGCCCACUGUGCUUGCUGCUGAGACACCUUUUACAGUGCGUGAAGUAGAAGCAUUAUAUGAGUUGUUCAAAAGAAUAAGCAGCUGCAUUAUUGAUGAUGGGCUCAUUCAUAAGGAAGAGUUUCAACUAGCACUCUUCAGGAACCAAAAAAUGAAAAAUCUGUUUGCAGAUAGGAUAUUUGAUCUUUUUGAUAUUAAGCGCAAUGGAGUGAUUGAGUUUGGGGACUUUGUCCGAUCACUGGGUAUCUUCCACCCUAAUGCACCAGUAGCUGAUAAAAUGUCAUUUGCAUUCAGAUUAUAUGAUCUAAGGCACACUGGUUAUAUCGAGAGAGAAGAGUUGAAAGAGAUGGUACUGGCGCUGCUGCAUGAAUCAGAAUUGGUUCUUUCAGAUGACGUAGUUGAGAUUAUUGUAGAUGAGACGUUUAGCGAUGCAGACACAAAGGGUGAUGGGAGGAUAGAUUCAGAAGAGUGGAAGGAAUUUGUUUCAAAGAAUCCGUCUCUUCUAAAGAAUAUGACACUUCCCUAUCUGAUGGAUAUAACUUUAGCAUUCCCCAGCUUUGUGGUAAGCUCUGAGGUUGAUGAUUCAGAAAUUUAGACUUGUGCGUGCGUGUAAAUACAAAUAGCCUCUUCCACACUGGUGUUUGGAUGAUCCAAUUCAAUACAGUGCAAAGGAGUUCAAUAAUCAGAAGAAUAUCAGGUUUUAUAUUGAUUAUUGGAGAUUCAUUCACCAAACAAUAUUGAGUUCCAAAAGCCAGAUAUAAGAAAAAGGUUAGUAUUUAAGGGGCAAAUCAUGGCUUCUGGGCUGUCUCCAUUCGCUUAGCAUUAUUCAUAGUGUUUUUGAGGAGCAAAGAGUUGGUUAAGAAGUUUCGAGUGUCUGCAAGGCUAUUAUAACCCAUGAGUGUGCGAAAACUGUUGGAUGCACCUCAUGCAUUAGGCAUUGUGCACACACCUGCACGCCUGAGGUGUAAGCAUCGCGAGACAAGCCCCUCCUAAGAUCUCAAGACAUUUUGAGUGCCUUGUAAAACAUUAGUAUAUAUCUAUAGUAAGAGUUGUGCAUCGUAACUUCCAUCGUGCUAAAAAAACCUUUGGCACCUAACAUAAAUUUAACCGGCAAAGCAUAUAGUAUGGCUAUGUACAAACGAGAGAAAUGAACUUGUGAAAAGCAUCUGUAUACAGAUUUAAGAAAAUGGAUCACACGGGACAAAUGACUUCCAACUUUUUCUGCUAAAAGGGAUGAGGCAGGUGUUAGGUGUUUAAGUCGACGGGUUGUUUGCUUAUAUGAACUUGAGCAAGGCAAAUAUAGAAAAAAGUUCACUACACCUAGCUAGUACAUGUACUAUUUGAAAUGCAGACUUACUGGGCAUAAGUUCUUAUGGAUGAGACUAGGGGUCAUUUGGUUGGGAAUAAGUUGUUUCAAGAUUAAUUAUCCCUCAUACCUCCAACCAAAUGCAGGACUUCCUCAAUAAUCAUAUUUUACUUCUCAUUUGUUUUUAGUAAGACAUUAACGGAGUCCAUCGGGUUUUCCAAUUAGUAAUUU